CAUUGUGUACCCUGCCUCCUCCUCUUCUUAGUAAAGCAUAUACAACUAGGCUGCUAGCUAAGUGCGCACUACAAUGGCCCCUGCCGUGAUGGCUUCAUCGGCCACUACUGUGGCGCCCUUCCAGGGCCUCAAGUCCACCGCUGGCCUCCCCGUCAGCCGCCGCAGCGCCGCCAGCCUCGGCAGCGUCAGCAACGGUGGAAGGAUCAGGUGCAUGCAGGUGUGGCCGAUUGAGGGCAUCAAGAAAUUCGAGACCCUAUCUUACCUGCCACCGCUCUCGGCCGAGGCCCUCCUGAAGCAGAUCGACUUUUUGAUCCGCUCCAAAUGGGUUCCGUGCUUGGAGUUCAGCAAGGUUGGCUUCAUCUUCCGUGAGUUCGGCAGCACUCCCGGAUACUACGACGGCAGGUACUGGACAAUGUGGAAGCUGCCCAUGUUCGGCUGCACUGACGCUGCCCAGGUCCUCAAGGAGGUGGAGGAGGUCAAGAAGGAGUACCCUGACGCCUAUGUCCGCAUUAUCGGUUUUGACAACAUCCGUCAGGUGCAGUGCGUCAGCUUCAUCGCCUUCAAGCCACCAGGCUGCGAGGAGUCCGGCAAGGCAUAAACUGCGAGCUGAAACAACGGCCGCUAUAUACUUUUGGCGAAGACUCGGUUUAUUUUCCAUUUAAUGUGAUUGUGUUUGCACGUAUUCAAGUAUGUAUGUACCUACCGACCUAGGAAGAGCUGAUAUGUGAAUUCUAGAACCGGCUACAUGUAAAAGCAUACACAUACACAUAUACUAUUAUAUAUUAUUUCCGAGUGUAUUUUUAUCCAA